AAACCAAAACAAAAUAUGUCUUCUCUAAGAAACAUUUUUGUUAUUUUCACCUUUUUCUUGCCUUCCUUCUUGCUUUUGGCUUCCAAAACCACAGCAAACUUCAACUCAAAUCUUAUUGAAAAAGCAUGCACAAUUAAUAGACCAAAUUGGGACUUUGAUUUCUGCAUAAAACUCCUAAAUUCUGAUCCAAAAAUAUCAUCAGCAACAAGUCCAUUUGAUUUAGCCAUAGCCAUUGUUCAGGCAGGAAAUUCCCAUGCAUCAGAAACUCAAGACUACAUAAAUCAAAAGCUUAGUGAAGGAGGCACAAAUACGGUUGUUUCUUCAGCUUUGAGUGUGUGCAGCAAAUGGUAUGGUGGUGUUCUUGGAGCAUUUAUCACUGCUUUAGAUAAUGUUCAAGAUCAGAAGACGUUUCAAUCAGCGAAAGAUCACGUUGAAUCAGCUAAUGAUUAUGCCAUGAAUUGUGAAGAGACUUUUGCUUCAAGAGAUGUUCAAGAUGAUGAAAUUUCAAAGGGUGAUAAUCUUGUUAUGUAUUUCAGUUUAUCUGCUGGAGCUGUUAUCAAUGUUCCUGGAGAUAAAACAAUUCAGCAUUUUGAUCUUUUUUGUUGUUCUUUUUUAUAAGUAUUUAUGGGGCAAUAAAUAAUGUAUCCUAGCUUAUUUAAAAGGGAUAAUUUCAAUAAUAUACGAUCUGACAUAAAAUACUAUAUUCACAUA